UUGACGACUUAGUUUAUGAUUUUACUAUUCAAAAUACGGAUUCAUUUGUUGAACAAGAUUUUAAAAAAUUUUUGGAGAUUAAUAAUAGAUAUGUAUUUACGAAUGAGAAGCUUGAUGAUGAGCAAAUUGUGGAAAUUAUUUUGGAACAGAAUGAACAAGAACAAGGUGAUCCUGAUGAUACUGAUAAAGAGUCAGUACAAGUUUCAAUUUUAGAAGGAUUAAAUGGGUUAAAAACAUUUAUUGCAUUUUUUAAACAACAAAUGAAUGUUGCCGAUUUUUAUACUAAUGAUUUAAGAAUUUUCCGUAGAUAUUUACAUACAAUGGAGUUAAAAAAUAAUAAAUCAAAGAAACAGAAGUCGAUUAGAGACUUUUUUACAAGUGAAAAUUCUUACUAUAGCAUUAGCGAUUAUAGUGGUGAAUAA